UCCAUCUGUUCCUGUAUGGAAAUAUGAAAGGUCUAUAAAUUACUAGACACUAAAGUUUUCAAAUAUUUUUGCAUAUGUUGAAGAUAUUUGACCACUAUGAGUAACAUAUACAUACAAGAGCCGCCUACAACAGGGAAGGUGAUACUGCAGACCACUGUUGGCGAAAUAGACUUAGAAUUAUGGACUAAGGAGGCACCAAAAGCUUGUAGAAACUUCAUACAGCUUUGUUUGGAAGGUUAUUACGAUGGCACAAUUUUUCAUAGAGUUGAAAAAGGUUUUAUUAUACAAGGUGGCGAUCCCACGGGGACUGGGGAGGGUGGCGAGAGUAUAUACAAUGGUCCGUUCAAGGAUGAGUUUCACAGCAGAUUACGUUUCUGUCGGAGAGGCUUGCUUGCAAUGGCGAAUGCAGGAAAAGAUGAUAACGGUUCUCAGUUUUUUUUCACACUGGCAGCAACUCCUGAAUUGCAAAAUAAACACACGAUAUUUGGUAAAGUUACAGGAGAGACAAUUUACAACAUGCUCAAACUUGAGGACACAUUGGUCGAUGAGAACGAUCGUCCAUUGUAUCCGCAAAAAAUUGUUAAAACAGAGGUUUUAAAUAAUCCAUUUACCGACAUCGAGCCUCGAGUUGAACCCAAACAAGUUGGGGCAGAAAAGCUGCAAAAGAAAGAGAAAAAAUCUGGCGUGAAAAAUUUCAAACUUCUGUCUUUUGGAGAGGAAGCGGAGGAAGAUGAAGAGGAAUCUGUUGUUUUGAGCAAACAGUUUAGCACCAAGGGAAAAUCAGCUCAUGAUAAUUUGGCCGAUCCUAAGCUUAGUUCAGAGCUUGCUAUAGACAAUGGUGAACCGUCUAGUAAAAAGAUGAAAGGAGAUGAGGAUAGUGAUUCGGAGAGUGCAACCGAAGAAAAAUCACUCGAUGAGAUUGCCAAUCUGAGUAAAGAAAAGCAAGCUAUGAGAGAAAGGAUAAAAAACAAGUUAAAAGACGCUAAAAGUACAUCAGAUAAUAAGAAACCAAAAGAUCGGAAGAUCGAUGAAGUUCAGAACAUCGACAAUAAUGCUGAGCCCGAAGAAGAAGCUUAUUACUUGGGCAAAGAUCGUGAUGAAGAACGAAAGAAAAAAGCUGAGGAGAUACGAAAGGAAAUUCGAGACUUGAAACGCGACGUCAGAAGUGAAAAAAAAGCAAAAGAAGAGGAAGCCAAGAUACAGGUGGAGAAAGAACAGGAGAAGGAAAAGAAAUCUAGCGUUUUAAGGGAGUACAUAGAAACCCAGGAGAAGUACAAGGAAGCUAAAUCGAAAUUGCCAAAAAAAGGCGCAUCCCGAGAAAAUUUCACUCUGCAGCUAUUACAAAAGUUUCGAAGUAAGCUACAAAGCGCUAAGGAACAGGUUGAGGAGUCAACUGAAGUCGCGGAAAAGAAGAAAAAACCAGAUAACCAAGACGAUGACGGUUUUGACGACGAGAAAUGGAUGGCGCACACUUUACGGUUCGAGGAAAAAACGCCAGUUUUGGCUAAAGACGCUAGUACAAAGGCCGACGAUUGGUUCGAGAUUUAUGAUCCGAGAAAUCCGUUGAACAAAAGAAGACGCGGUGAGAAAACACCAAAAUUGAAAGACGGUGAACACUCUCGGCAUAAAUAAUAACUAUAAAACGCUAACGAACCGUAUAGACUUCCAAAAAAGUGUCGUUUUCAAAAUUGACAACCAGUUUCCAUUGAUCUUGAUUAUAAAUUCCAAAACUGUUACAAAUCGAAUAAGCGUCAUCCAUUUAAUGCAAAUCUGAUUCAACAUUCGCAAUUCGACAACCUAAACACAGGAUUUGACUACAAAUUACAAAUGGCAUUCGCUAAAUGUAAUAUUUUCUUUAUAUGUAUACAUACUUACUCUACAAGCAACUUACAGUGUACAUAAUUCCGCUACCAGUUCCCGGUAGCGCAAAUAUUCAGUUUUAAUUCAGGUAAAGCGGUGUAUUAUUAAAUUAUUCUGGUGGAAAUAUUUGCAUCGCAACAUCUAUUUGCAAUCUUUGCACUUAAAACGGGAUGAUAAUCAAACGGUGUACAAAUGAUAUAGUAUACGAUCAUGUAUCGAUAACUCUAAUCCAAUGAAUAAAUUAAUUCUUUUUUCUAGAGGUACAUUUCAUGUCGGAUAC